ACUUAUUUUAAAGUGUGUGUGUAUCUGGGAGUGUGUUGAUAUUGCAGAUGGUUGCCCUCUGUUUAGGUACAUAAUCUCUGGAAGAAAAGAGUUGUUUUUAAAUGUGUAUUGUUUAAAUUUUUAUUACAUAACCUCGCGAUUUGGUCAAGAUAAAUAUACGUUUUUAUGUGCAGUGACAGUUGUGCAUUGCAUCUUAUGUGGAAAUAAUGUCUGCCUCAAAUGGCGGCAUUACAUCGGAGGACGAAAAAAAUUUCUUUUCUAGUGUACAGCACCCGUUCCCCGAUGUUGAGAAUGGGAAAGUACCAACUUUGCAUUUUUUAGAAGCUUCUAAAGGAGUAGUAGCACUAGUCGAGCACUUCGGAAAAAUGUUUUCACCAAUUCGAUACGAUAUGUCUGGAAAUAUUGAGAAGCUUUCCAAAGCCUACAGUACGGACGUAUCAAAAUUCACGUACUUGAACGAUAUGAUCCUCCUUGAACAGCAGAGCGGAGGCAAUAUAGCUACAGAUGCCCUGCUCUGGCUAAGGAGGGCGCUGCACCUGGUGCACAACUUCUUCCAGUGCAUCGUGGAGGACGCGGAGAAGGGCCUCCGGACGGAGAACCUGGUCCCGUUCCUGCGGCAGGCCUACGAGGAGGUGCUGCUCCGGUACCACGGGUGGAUGGCCCAGCAGCUGUUCUCCCUGCUGUCCAAGAUGUCCCCUUCGAGGAAAGACUUGCUCCUAGCAUUGGCGCUGGGGUUCAGCAACCGGGAGGAUGUGGUCAUCCGAGACAUGCGCAAGUUUCUGCGUGAACUGAACUCCAACAUUGAGGUCCUUUGUGCCUUCUAUGCGGAACACGGUCUCGAGUCAAGCCACAAAGUCUAAGUCACUUGUCACUUCACCGCAACUGAGUAGUGUGCGGUGAACUGCCUGGUCGUCCUAUAACUACCUGAACUGUUUCAUUCCUUAAGUGCUGUGAAUGCACUGUAUUUUCCAUUCUGUAAGUGCCAAUACCAAUGUCAAUUGUUUUAUUUACAAAACUAUGCAACAUGUCAUGAAAGUGUGUGAAUUCUUAAACUGAACCACAUACGUAUCAGUUUUAGCACCACGUACAAUUAAUUUUUAACAUGUCACAUAAUGUAGAGUGGUACGUAUUGUGAAACUAUGCUGCCAAAUGCUACCUGGUUUAGUGAUUUAUAACUUAUGUCAAAUUGAAAAAUUUGAAAAAUAUUAAAUGUAAAAAUGUAUAUUGAUGAUUUUUAUAAAUAUGAACACCAUGGGACACCAUUGGUGUAUUCGCGUUAGUUAAUUUAAUAAUUACACUAAAUAGUUUUUUAAUAGUGGAAUUGAAUCGAGCAUAUAAUUUGCCAUCAGAACUGGGUUUUCUUAUGGUUUUAAAGUUUAUUGUAUGUUAAUAUUUAAUGAAAUUGUAAAUUUACAGUGAUGACUAGUCUAGUGGUAAUAUCAAAAGAAAAGGUUGUUAAAAUAUUUGUUCCUGUUAUUAUUUAAUUAAUUGAUUUAGAUAAUCUAGAAUUUUAUCAGUUUUGUGGUAAUCUGUUACUGUACUUAAGCCCUGUGAUAAGUAGCAAUGUUUCCAUCCAACUCUUGUUAUAAUUGUGUACUAACCACUUUUAUACUGUUUUAUACAUGUUGUGCAAAGUUAUUUAAUGCAGCAGUAGUUGAAGACACUGCAUAUGCACAAAGAAUAUGUAAUGUAAAAAUUGUUACCCAACAAAUAAACACGGUAUGAAUCAGUGUUUUAUUACUA